AAACAUUUGAGUAAAUAAAAAAAAACUUUUUAAUUCAAGAAGAAAUAAAAAUCGAUUUUCAACAAAUUUGUCGGUAUUAAUUAGACUUAUUAAUCUAUGGAAAACGAUCAGAAAAAUAUGGAAAGCGAGGAAAAAUCGGACAAUAAGAAGACAGAGCUUUCCAAAGAGAAAUAUUUUGAGCUGCUUCAAGAAUGGGUUAAUCUACAGAAUGCCUUUAGGGCAAUGACUUAUUUUCCCUUACUUAAUCAAUCAUCAUUAAACACUGGAACUGAAAGUACUCAAAAUCAUCAGUCACAUCCAAGGCCACAAAAUGCUAAUCAGCAAUUACUCGGCAGUCGUCGAUGGUUUGAUCCCGCCAGAGCUGAAGAAAUCAUUCGUGUGAAUGGAGGAUAUGACUUAGUAAUUAGUCCACUUUAUAAACGAUUCCUAUCAGAAGUACUUGACUGUAUUAUUUUGUUCGUCAUUAAAAUUGUCAUACUUGUUAUCUUGAUUGAUUUAUUUGAUGUGAAUAUAACGCUAGACUUAGACAUUGCUGACAUAAAGGAUAUGAAGUUCCUAGAAGAUGACUACUCACAGUUAUUGAAUCUAAGCAGUGAAUUCAUUGUUCUUGAAAUUAUCACUAAAAUCAUUUCGUGCUUGUAUGAGGCAGUCUUUUAUGUAAAAUUUGGUGCUACGAUUGGAAAAUUGGUGCUUGGUAUUAAAGUCAUUCAUGCAGAGGCUGUCAUUCCACUAGAACAGCAAGUUAAUCACUCUCAAGGAAUUCGCGCAUUGGUCUUCCCAGCAAAAAACUUGACAUUUUUCCGAGCAUUGAUGAGAUCAUUUGCUAAAAACUUGAUGGUAACGUUGCUAUUUCCAGUGUACUUUAUGCUGUUUUUCUAUAAAUAUAAUCAACUGAUUUACGAUAUGCUGUGCAAAAGCGUGGUCGUUGAGUAUAAUCCAAAUCCGAUGCUGAGACGCAGAAACUAA